GUCCUUACCAACUUUAACAAAGGCCAAGAUCCAGCCAUACUUUAAUGGACCCCAGAGGCAUCUUGAAGGCAUUUCCCAAGCGGAAGAAAAUUCAUGCCAAUCCAUCAUCAAAAGCACUUGCAAAGAUUCCCAAAAGGGAAGAGGGAGAAGAAGCAGGAGAGUGGCUGAGCUCCCUUCGGGCCCAUAUUGUGCCCACUGGCAUUGGACGAGCUCGAGCAGAACUUUUCAAGAAGCAGAUUGUCCAGCAUGGUGGCCGGAUAUGUCCUGCCCAGGAUCCAGGAGUCACUCACAUUGUGGUGGAUGAAGGCAUGGACUAUGAGCGGGCCCUUCGCCUCCUAAGGCUGCCCCAGCUGCCCCUUGGUGCUCACCUAGUGAAGUCAGCCUGGCUGAGCUUGUGCCUACAGGAAAGAAGGCUGGUGGAUGUAGCUGGAUUUAGCAUUUUCAUCCCCAACAGGUAUUUGGAUCAACCACAGCCCAACAAGACAGAACAAGAUUCUACUCCUAGUGUUCAUGAGGCUGUGCUUAUGACAGCCCUUUCUCCUCCCUCCACUCGACCUGUAUCUCCUCCUCAAAAGGCAGAAGAGGCACCAAGCGCCCAACCCCAGCCCAUCUCUGAUGAUGAAACCAGUGAUAGUGAAGAGAUGCGGGUUAGCACAGCUGAUCUGGAAGCUCUAAUCAGUGGCCACUACCCCACCCCUCUUGAGGGAGAUCGUGAGCCUACCCUAGCACCUGAUCACCUGGAUAAGUGGGUCUGUGCACAGUCCUCAAGCCAAAAGGCCACCAAUCACAACCUUCACAUCACAGAGAAGCUGGAAGUGCUAGCCAAAGCCUACCGUGUUCAGGGAGACAAAUGGAGGGCUCUGGGCUAUGCCAAGGCCAUUAAUGCUCUCAAGAGUUUUCAUAAGCCUGUAACCUCCUACCAGGAGGCCUGCAGUAUCCCAGGGAUUGGAAAGAGGAUGGCUGAGAAGAUCAUAGAGAUCCUGGAAAGCGGGCAUCUGAGAAAGCUGGACCACAUCAGCGAGAGCGUGCCUGUCUUGGAGCUCUUUUCCAACAUCUGGGGAGCUGGGACCAAAACUGCCCUAAUGUGGUACCAUCAGGGCUUCCGAAGCCUGGAAGAUAUCCGGAGCCAAGCCUCCCUGACUAUCCAGCAGGCCAUUGGCCUGAAGCAUUAUGAUGAUUUCCUAGAACGCAUGCCCAGGGAAGAGGCUGCAGAGAUUGAGCAGACAGUUCGGGAAGCAGCCCAUGCCUUCAACCCUGGGCUGCUGUGUGUGGCAUGUGGUUCAUUCCGUCGGGGGAAGGUGACCUGUGGUGAUGUGGAUGUGCUCAUCACUCAUCCUGAUGGCCAGUCCCACCAGGGCAUCUUUACCCUCCUCCUUGACACCCUUCGACAUCAAGGAUUCCUCACAGAUGACUUGGUGAGCCAAGAGGAGAAUGGCCAGCAAAAGAAGUAUCUGGGUGUGUGCCAGCUCCCAGGGCCAGGGCGACGGCAUCGGAGACUGGACAUCAUCAUCGUUCCCUACAGUGAAUUUGCCUGUGCUUUGCUCUACUUCACUGGCUCUGCCCACUUCAACCGUUCCAUGCGGGCCCUGGCCAAAACUAAGGGCAUGAGCUUGUCGGAACAUGCGCUCAGCACAGAUGUAGUUCGGAACACCCAAGGCUUCAAGGUGGGGCCUGGCCGAGUGCUGCCCACCCCCACGGAGAAGGAUGUUUUCAGGCUUUUAGGCCUACCUUACCGAGAACCAGCCGAGAGGGACUGGUGACCAUGGUUCUCAGGGAGGUGUAACUGAGCUUUCCACCUGGCCACCCACUAUUCCCCUUCAGGCUCAUCUGGCUGAACCUCACUACUUGAACCACCAGUCAUCCUCAUCAAGGCUGCUUCGAGGGCUCUGGGCCUAAGAGAAAGCCAGCCAUCUCCCAGACCAGAAUAGGCUGCUGUCUUUUCUCCCUCACCACUGCCACUGGAAGUUCUGCAAACAGCUCCUUACCCCAUUUUAAGUGAUAACAAGUAGCUGGUUUGAACCCCCAAGGCAUCCUUCUUCCCCACCCUGGGAAAGGUCUAGCUGCUGGGGUCGGAUAGAAGCCUCAGGAGGACAAGCAGCUAUGCCCCCAGCAUCAUGCAGACCCUUUGAAGCAGGUGAUGAAACUACUCCACAUGUAUUCCCUCUAUCCACCCUGCUUCCUGUGCAACUGGCAGGCUGGGAAGGGGCUGCCCCAGGCUCAGCAAGGACAGCAUUUGGAGAUCCAGGGGCCCAGUAAAGUGCAUUUGACAUUCAA